AUGGAAAAUAAUUCUGCCAUUACUGUAAUCAAACUGGCCUUUGAAGAUGUGAAAACUGCAAACCAGAUAUACUUCACUUGGUCACUAAUGCUCUAUGUUUUUUGUGUGUUAAUUAAUGGAUUUCUAAUCUUGAUAGUUAUAUUUAAGAAAGAACUCCAUGAACCCAUGCACAUUUUCUUUGGUAACUUACUCUUCAAUGGAAUUGUUAUUAGUACAGCAUUCUUACCAAAAUUAUCAGCAGAUAUUUUAUCGAAUACAAAAUUUAGUUCUGUUUAUGGCUGCUACAUUCAGGCAUUCUGUGUUCAUUGUUUCAUUCUCAAUGAAGUAUCCCUUUUAGCAGUUAUGGCAUAUGACCGCUAUCUGGCAGUUUGUAACCCCUUGAGGUAUAUGUCCAUUAUGACCAAUGCAGCUGUAUUUCAGUUUGUGGCAGUCACAUGGUUGUACUCUGUAUUUCUGAAUCUCAUAGGUUUCAUUUUAUGUUUAAGACUCCCAUUGUGUAGCUCUGCUAUUAACAAACCUUACUGUGAUUAUUACUCCAUUUUAAAAUUAUCUUGUGUUGAUUAUUCUGUUAAUAACUUGUACGCAACAGCUGUAUCUGUACUAACUGCAGUAGUUACACUACCAAUCAUUACAUAUUCCUACAUGAUGAUAAUCUUGGUUUGUGUACAGAAGUCAGUGGGCUCUAGGUGGAAACCACUGCAGACAUGUUCAACACAUUUAUUAGCCAUUUUAUUUUAUUUGAUCGGUGUCUUAUUUUUGGCAGUCCAUAGUCGUUUAUCCUUAAAAGAUGUGCCACAAAGUGUGUAUACAUUUUUGUCAACAGAAUUUCUCAUAGUGCCUCCCUUCGCCAAUCCACUGAUUUAUGGGCUAGGAACUAGGGCUAUUCGAACAGCAAUCAAAAAGUUAGCUUCACAGUCAGUAAAGAAGCUAGGAUACACAUAA